CUCAACAAGGCGAGCAUGUUAACUCCCUGCGUUUUACUCCUGCCCUCUCCCGCCCACUUGCGCAGGCUACAAGAGAACUCCUCUGUAGCUCGUCUUCUCUUCUCUUGCUCGCUUCACUGAAGAGUCUGCCCAACGGCGCAUGUGUCGCUUCGUAAUUUACAAAGGCACUGCACCCGUGCAACUGUGCCAUCUCCUCACACGACCAUGUCAUUCUAUCAUCAACCAGGCCUUUGAUUCGCGGCUGCGUCUCGAUCACAGAAGGCCUAUUAACGGAGACGGUUUUGGCGUAGGUUGGUAUGACUGCAUCUACGACGAGGAGCUCGGGAAGCAACCGUGCAUAUUUACCUCCGUCACUCCGGCUUGGAACAACAUAAAUCUGCAAAGACUCGCAGAGAAGAUCAAGUCCCCUCUUGUCUUUGCUCAUGUCCGGGCUACUACUGCGGGUACUCUCUCAUUGGACAACUGCCACCCGUUCCAGUUCGGAAAGUUCAUGUUCAUGCACAACGGUGGCAUUGCAGAGUUUCCAAAGAUCAAACGGCAGCUGCAAUCCUACCUAUCGGACGAAAUCUUCGACAUGGUCAGCGGUAACACAGACUCCCAAUGGUCGUUUGCACUAUUCUUGUCAAAGCUUCCGGACCCUCACGCAGACAUUGUCCCCCCGGAGGUGCUACGGCAAGCAAUGCUGGACACUAUCGCCCAUAUCAAUAUGCUGACGGAAGAGGCCGGUAUCACCGAGCCAAGUCUUCUCAAUUUCUGUGUCACCGAUGGUGAAAGUGUUAUUGCCACACGGUACAUUUCCUCUCGACAGGAUGAGGCCGCGUCGUUGUGGUUCUCGUCCGGCACUACUUUCAGCGAGUUUGCCGAUGGUGGUCAUUAUAAGAUGACAAAGAUGGACAAGCGAGAGAACAUUAUCAUGAUCGCUAGCGAGCCUCUUACCUUUGAGAAGGCGGACUGGAUGGAAAUUCGGACUAACCACAUGGUCGUGAUCACCCCCAAGAUGAAUCUCUUGCAAAUCCCGAUUAUCGACAAGUAUUAUGUCACUCCUUCAGAUCCGAGUGCUCAGCACCGAGGUACAGACUUCGCCGCAGCGAAAGGACUCCUGAGUCCGAGGCGUGAGCUUCCCCGGUUGGAGUCAGAUCGCCCUAUCCUUGCAAUGUAAACCUGUCGCUUUACCUUUUCUAACGAUUUACCUUGAAUUUCUACUAUGUACACCGCUUGUAGCACAUCUCUUGUAGAUAUACUUUGCCAUGCUGUGCAUGUAUAAUGCACAAUAUGCCAACGAAAAAACAGAUGCGCGGAUGCAAUGAGGCGCUUCGCGCUCCGCGC